CCAGACAAGAAAAACAAAGAGGGCCUGAAAUUUCCCCAUUUUUUUUUUCCGUAUUCUUUGUUGAUCCACUACCCAUUUUUCCAAUGUAAUGCGAUUGAGCAAGACAUAAGAUGAGGAGAAAUCAGUUGACUAACAUGAUGAAUGUUAAACCGUCUUUUUAGAUAUUCUUAUAUCAAUACAACAAACAAAUGUCUUGGAAUUCAAAAACUUGGUCUUGGGUGAAGAAAUAUUUCUCAGUGAAUCCUUUAUCGACAGACGGAAUGCCUGUCGUUGGUAAAUUCCGUACACCUGCCGUAGGCUCUCGACCUGAAAAAUAUACCACACCUAAAACUUCAGCAUCCAACUUGAGCAACAAUUAUUAUUUCAAUCGUGAUACACGUAGAAAUUAUCCCAGAUUAGCGGUUUAUACCCAACAAGAUGUUGCUCUUAUGAUUGAGGGAGCACCUGUGAGGGCCAGUUUACCUGCCGAGAAAGCUGCAGAGCAAAUUACUACGACCGUUGAGGAAACAAAGCCUCUUGUUGAAUUACUAAACUCCAAGAAAUUGACUUAUUCUGCAGAAAAAUUGCCUCCUACGCCCCGAUUUUUCCCUCAACCCAAGUGGAAAGUAUCAGAAGACUUUAUUCCUCCUAACGAUGGUUCUUAUUUCCCUAUGAGAGUUAUCACCACACAUUAAUUUUGUAGAAUCUUUUUUUUUUUUUUUUUAUACAUGUGCAAAAGAAAAAGGAAAAUAAAACGAGAAUGUGAGGAGAUGAGCAAACAUCUGUACCUUCAUUUUGAUUGA